CUGCCGGGAGUCACCGGCGGGAACAGCCCAGGGAGCGGCGCGCCCCGGCGCGGCCCUUCGCCGCCUUCGCGCGCUGCCCGGCGUGAAAAAGACGCGGCGGGAGAAGCGACAGUGACUAGCAGACACCCCGAGGACACCCAGCAGGUGGGCAGGGAGACUACGCCGGCGAGGAGGAGGAGCGAGGCCGGCGUCGGGCUGCCCUCCGGCUCCUUCCUGCCGCGUGAUUUCUGUCUCCCCCUGCAGGCAGCCCUGGCUGAAGCACGACCAUGCCCGAGGUAAAGCCGCCUCUCGCUUUUGCCGUUCGCAGCUGAGCUGGCGGAAAGGCGGCGGCGGCUCCAUGGGUACCCUUUGGAGCCCCCGGUGGGUCCCUGGAGCCGGGCCCCUGUUUCUUCUCCUUCCCGUGGGGCUUCUUCAGCCCGGUGUCGCGGUGGCUGCUUUCUCAGCCACCGGGCUGCCCGAGCCGGCUGCGAUGAUAGGCGUCAGUCCCAGUCCAGUGGCAGGGACCCUGCAGGUGCCAGGUGGGACCACGCUUGAGGAGACUAGGCUCCAAGUCUUCACCUUGGAUUACCUCCACGUGCAGAUCCCCUUCGAGAUCACACUCUGGAUCCUGCUGGCUUCCUUAGCCAAGAUCGGUUUUCAUCUCUAUCACAAGUUGCCCCACAUAGUGCCGGAAAGCUGCCUCCUUAUUCUGGUUGGAUUGCUUCUAGGUGGCAUUAUGUUUGGAGUGCAGGAAAAGUCUCCACCGGCUAUGAAGAGCGAUGUUUUUUUCUUGUACCUUCUUCCCCCGAUCGUCCUUGAUGCUGGCUACUUUAUGCCGACACGCCUAUUCUUUGAGAACUUUGGCACCAUUUUUUGGUAUGCAGUCAUAGGGACUCUCUGGAAUUCAUUUGGCAUUGGCAUUUCCCUCUUUGCAAUUUGCCAAAUUGAUACUUUUGGCUUGAGUGACAUCAGUCUGCUACAAUGCCUCCUCUUUGGCAGCUUGAUUUCGGCUGUGGAUCCUGUGGCAGUGCUGGCUGUUUUUGAAAAUAUUCAUGUCAACGAACAGCUGUACAUCCUAGUUUUUGGCGAGUCCUUGCUGAAUGAUGCUGUAACAGUGGUCCUGUACAACUUGUUCAAGUCUUUCUGCCAGAUGCCUACAAUUGAGGCCAUUGACAUAUUUGCAGGAAUUGCUAAUUUCUUUGUAGUUGGGAUUGGCGGAGUCUUGAUUGGAAUCGUUCUGGGAUUUGUAGCAGCUUUUACUACUCGUUACACCCAUAAAGUCAGAGUGAUUGAGCCGCUAUUUGUGUUCUUAUAUAGCUACCUGUCAUACGUAACUGCUGAAAUGUUUCAUCUCUCAGGCAUUAUGGCGAUUACAUCUUGUGCUAUGACCAUGAAUAAAUAUGUGGAAGAGAAUGUUUCUCAGAAGUCCUACACCACCAUAAAGUAUUUCAUGAAGAUGCUGAGCAGUGUCAGUGAGACUCUUAUCUUCAUUUUCAUGGGCGUGUCCACAGUUGGAAACAAUCACGAGUGGAACUGGGCCUUUGUUUGCUUUACCCUCCUCUUUUGUUUGAUCUGGCGUGCACUGGGCGUUUUUGCAUUGACUCAGAUCAUUAACCUGUUCCGGACAAUUCCCUUAACAUUUAAGGACCAGUUUAUUAUUGCCUAUGGAGGCCUCCGAGGAGCCAUAUGCUUUUCUCUGGUUUUCCUGCUUCCUGCUGCUGUGUUCCCUAGAAAGAAGCUUUUCAUUACUGCUGUUAUUGUGGUUAUAUUCUUCACUGUUUUCAUUCAGGGAAUAACAAUUCGUCCAUUGGUGGAAUUUCUGGAUGUUAAAAGAUCAAAUAAAAAACAGCCAGUGGUCAGUGAGGAAAUUUACUCUCGGUUUUUCGAUCAUGUGAAGGCUGGAAUUGAAGAUGUUUGUGGACAUUGGGGUCACAACUUUUGGAGAGACAAGUUCAUAAAGUUUGAUAAGAAGUACCUACGGAAACUUCUAAUACGGGAAAACCAGCCCAAAUCAAGUAUUGUCUCUCUGUACAAGAAACUUGAAAUAAAGCAUGCCAUUGAAAUGGCAGAGACUGGAAUGAUUAGCACGGUACCAUCACUAGCUUCUAUCAGUGAACAUCAAGAUGAAAAAAUAGUAGACUUCUCUCCUGGUGAGAUAGAUAAUAUACGAGAUAUAUUAACAAAGAACCUCUAUCAAAUACGGCAGAGAGCUCCUUCAUAUAACAGAUACAGUCUAGCUGAAGAUGCAAAUGAAAAACAAGCCAAAGAAAUUCUGAUUCGUCGCCGACACAGCUUAAGGGAGAGCAUUAGGAAGAGCAAUAGUUUGUCAAGACCGGUUGCCAACAAAGCAGCACGCUAUCUAUCACUACCUAAAAACACUAAACUCCCUGAGAAAGUACGGAAAAGAAAUCAAUUCUCUUUCAAAGUGGGUGACAGCAGUGAUUCUGAAUCUGAUCACACUACAGUGCUGAAUUUAAAAUCCCAAGCAGGGAGGAUUUUGAGAGACCAGAGACUUCGACAGCAGCAAGGCAAAAUGGAAUGGAAGAAUGAAAUGGACACAGAUAACCAGGAGUCUGUAAGCCACCUUCAGGGAACGAGGGGGUUCAGGCAACCACUGCUCUCUCGGCCAACAUUUGGCACGCUGCGUGAAGAAGAUGCAGCUGAAGACAACAGAUCCAUCAAGCCCAUUCCACCCCCUCGAUUAGUCCGGCAGGCAUCAGAUGCUGAAAGUCCUAGAGACAAAUCCUAGAAUAAGCCAUACUGAAAACUCUUUAAAAAGAGCAACUGUCAACCACAGAUGUGGUAGACUAGCAAUCUAUAAACUGACUGGAUAGCUGGGUCCAUCUAAAGGUAUAACCCUGGAUACUCUUGGAGGGGUGGUGGCAAAGAAAAGCUUCUUUUUUUUUAAGAAACCAUGUUCUUUCACUAAGGGGAAGGGGGAAGUCUACUUGCAAUGGAACCAAAAAAAUGCAAUUAUACUAUUUUAUAACUGCUGUUAAACUUCCACAACAAAAGGCAGUUUUAUAAAUCAAAUAGUAUGUUUUUUAAAGAAUUGUUUUAUUUUAUUUGUUUGUCUAUGGCACGAUAUAAAUACAAAUUGCACUGAAAAAAAAUUGCACAAUGCACCUCUUUUAAAGCACUUGCAAGCUGUUCUCUUAGAGGCACCCAAUGCACUGAGAUACAAUUACAUAUUGUAAAACAUGAAAAUGCAUUAAGAGAAGCUGCAAAUCCUGCAAUACCAAAUGCUGAACUACGUUAUGUCCAUAAAUCCCAUGUCGUAAAUUAAUAAAUUGGAUUAGGAACGGGGAAUUCUGAAUUCAAAUCUCCGCUCUGCUAGUCAGGGCCUCUCUGUCUUCACCUGACCUAGAGAUGUAAAAUUUCUGGAAAUUGU